GUGACAUGAGAGUGUCUCCAAGGUAUCGAUAGAUUACCGAGGCCCCAAUGCUAAAAGAAAGACCGACACAGCUACUAGCUGCAUUUCGUCAAGAACAUGGCGAGCAUUUCCAAAAUUCCAAGUUCGCCGUUCGGGAACCCACGAAUAUAAAGCCGCGAGUUUCUGGGAAGGAAUCACAUAACACUACCACGGGGUUAGACGCGGAGCCAUAUCUGCAGGAUCCAGAUUUGACCCCUAGAGCCGAAGGCACGCAAAUGAUAUGGACUCAGGAUGGAGCGCCAUCGACGGCGGACACCGCCUUCAAGUCACCAGUACUUCCGCUCUGUAUCUACUUUCGCCUCUACAAGCAGGAGGGGUAUCGCGGGGAUGAAGACAUUUUCCGCGCCGUGUACCUCCGAGAGCGGACCGCUGAACAGUUCGUCAGAGGAGUUUGCGAAAAGUCUACGAUUGAUAGUACCCGUGUAAGGGAAUUAGUAUUUCCCGAUACCGAAGGCAUUGUUAGCAGGACAAAUGACGAGGUAUUGCGGGAAAUGCCAAAUGGGCUCCCCUUGGAAAUUGGAUUCGUACCCCGGUCUGGAGGCUCCCCAGAUACGGAUAGCGCUGUCGGCAACCUAACAAUGCGAGUAUUCUGGCUCUAGAACACGACUCUGGUGCGCUUUUUUCUCGAAUUUCUGCUUUACCAACAGGAAGGGCUGCUAUUGUCCAUGAUGGGCUGCGAGAAGCGGUGCACACUCUUCGCGACAUAUGAUACCAUCCGUAAAUCACUGCAAUUAGCACUGUAUAUUAAAAACUUGCAUUGCACUAUCACAGACCAGUAGUCUCAGCAUAUAGCGUCCGACAAAAUACUGCGUUGUCGCCUGAUAGACCGGUCGAAACCGCGGGAGAUCUAGCGAUAUCGAAUAAUCGCA